UUUUUAGAUUUUUUAAUUACCUUGAGAUUCCUAAGCAAGGUGACUUAUUGAGAACUAAUACAGAACACAUUUGCAACUAAAAUUCGAUUUUUGCGAACUUAUGUGUGCAACAUUUGUUUAGUGUCUGCGGUUACAAUUAUGAUGAGAUGCCUAUGGAUAUGCUGUCUCUAACGAGCUCACAAUUUCCCUCUGGUACAUCACUGACCAACUUAGAGCACGUGUUUCAAAUGGUCCGCGCUGGCAACUUCAGCAAAUAUGACUAUGGCAUUCAGGGCAAUAAAAAACAGUAUGACCAAGAAAAGCCACCCCGUUAUAAUUUGUCUAAACUUACAGUACCCACAGCCUUGUAUUAUUCCAGUAAUGUCUGGGCUGCAAACAUUGCGAACGUGGAGAAGCUUAUUAAAGUUCUGCCCAAUAUAGUGAAAACUUACAAAGUACCUUCAGAUAAAUUCAAUCAUUAUGAUUUCCUCGCUGCAAAAAAUAUCGUUCGAUUGUUGUACAACGCUGUUAUAGACGAGAUUCUAAAAUACUAAAAUCAAAUAUUUUGUAUCAUCUGUCUCAGAAGUUUAUCCCAAUGUAAAUCAUCAAAAUUAUUGUAAAUAGCUGUCCAGAUUUAUAUGUACGUACAAUACAAAAACAGUGUGUUUGGGCACUGUACUUAUGCUUACUGUCCUGAUAACUCCUCGUCGUACAAAUUUGAAAUGCAAACUACCUUAAAUUAUUAAGUAGAAUACAUAAACGUAGUGCCUACAUCGCGAACAUUUUUAUUAUCUUGUUUCUAUAAAAUUUGCUAUUCUUCCUUUUAUUCACUCAUGAAGUCAUCCCGAAGA